UAAAUAAAUGACUGCCCCACAAGGUGUUCCACGAAUUCAAUUAACUGCUGUCCCUUUAGAAGAAGUAAGAAGAGUACGAGAAGAGGAAGGAGAAAUAGACAACAGCAAAGAAUUGAACAGCGCAAGAACAGAAGAAGCGCAAAGUUCCAGCCUGGAGACCCCUGAACUAAAUGUGAUUAAUUUGACCAAUGAACCCCUGGAUGAAGAUACAUUGUCAUUACUGUCUAAAGGACUCAAUUUUGGUCUAAAAGAGAAAUUCGAUAAAGUCCAGUUCAAGUUUGACUUGGCUAAGUCUAUGAGAGACAUUAAUUUGUAUAAAUUCUUUUCUAAUAAAGGUGCACAAGAGCAUAAUAUUUUAGAGGGAGAACAGCCCAUUAAGAUAGGCUCUCUCGGCUUUUUUCCCAGCGAAUUUACUAACUCAUAUAGAAAUGUUGUCUCAAUGUUAGCUACGGAAUUUUCAGACAGCCAGACAGAAGGUCUUGUAGGUACCCAGGAAUGUAGGAAAUUUUUUAAAGGGAAAGAAUCCAAAUUCUCCCCUCCAAUUCCCCAAGGAAGUAACCUAGACCUUUUUUCAAAAGCUGUAAUUAGGGAUGUAAAGUCUAUAUUAUACCCAAAACCAAUAUCAAAUUUGACCCCGGCAGAAUUUACAGGCUAUGAAUUCCCUGAAAAAGAGGGAGGAUCUAACAGUCAUAAGGGUGGUAGUAUUGUCAUUCAGGAAACUAUACAAUAUGAAGAAGCUGUUAGACAGCUAUCCGAUAGAGCGAUAUACACCACCCUUGCGGCCGUUCCGACCUUUAAGAUUUUAAAUAACUUAAGAUCCUUUCUCCACAAGUAUGUGGACAAGGGUAUUCUCUCUAAAGAAAAACAUCAGAGAAACUAAUGCCAGAAUCUCCAAAACUUGCUAGGUGGUACCAUUUGCCCAAGGUACAUAAGUCACUGAGCCGACCCCCAGGAAGACCUAUCGUCACGGGGAUCGGCUCAGUGACCGAGUACUUGUCGCAAUAUAUAGACUGGUUACUUAAUCCCCUAUUGGUUUCAAUUCCUUCUUACAUUAAAGACACAGGCCAUCUGUUAAAUCUAGUAAGGGACAUACAUUGGGAGAGUGAGUUCAAAUUGUGCUCAAUUGAUGUGGAUAGCCUGUGCACCCGCAUCCCGCAUGAUGCGGGUGUACAGGAUAUAAAAGAAUAUUUACAGUCUACAGAAAUAUCGACAGAGCUUGGCAACUUCGUGACAGAAGGGCUACAGUUUGUACUUACUAAUAAUACAUUUAAACAUUCGAAUCAAUGGUACAGGCAGGAGACUGGGACCCCGAUGGGGACCCCAGUCUCCUGUACCUAUGCUAAUCUUUUUUUAGCAAUUUUUGAAGAUAAGUACAUAUACACCACAACCAAUCCAUUUUUACAAUAUGUCAAAAUCUACGCAAGAUAUGUAGAUGACAUAUUGGUUAUAUGGACGGGACAAAACAGCAGUU